UGCCUCAGUUUCUCUCUGCUCUCUGCCAGUUGGUUGUCCUGCACGGUGGUGAAGGCUCUGGUCCCACCCACACCAGAUGGCAACAGAGGUGCUCUGUAAAGUGGGGGAUGGGGAGGAGGCUGUACAGAAGAAGAAGAAACCCCUCAAUGUUAUAAAUGUGGUUGACCAACUGCCGAAGCCCUGUCCAAACCCCAAGUUUAUGAACCGGUCCAUGGCUACCAAAGGCCUCCCGCUUUCCUCAAAACACAGCUUGGUCAACUGCUUAAAGGAAGACACCACCAAUGCCAUGAAGCAGAUGCCAGUGGAAGAUUCGGAAUUCAGCUCAGAUGACACUAGUAUGUCCCCCAGAUCAUCCACUCUGUUGAACCCCGUCAAACUGGCCGUGACUCAGCCCAACAGCAGCUUCUUUGCAGGGAUGCUGGAGGGUGAGCUAAACAAACUCAGUUUAUCGUCACUAUCCAAGAACACAGAAAAAGAGAAUCUGGCCAUCUGUCCCCUCUCACCUAAGGGCCAUAUGGCCCCCAGAAGCCUGUUGGACCUUGACAACCCUGCACUGGACACAGACACCUCCUCAACACGCUCUGAGUCUUCUGUGGUCAUGGAUGUGCCAGAUGCCCCCUUCAUCUGUGAACACACUGUUGGCGAUUCCACAGCUGUGAUUUCCUGGACUUACACUGUGGGCAAGCAGCAGGUCAGUUUCUACCAGGUCCUGCUGCAGGAGUCAACCAAGCAGAGUGACAAGGAGAUGCCCAAGAUCAAGAACCGCCCUUGGAUCUUCAACAAGAUCCUGGGUACCACCGUCAAGCUGAUGGAGCUGAAGCCGAACACGAGUUACUGCCUCACUGUCCGUGCGGCCAACACAGCCGGGGUGGGGAAGUGGUGCAAACCCUACAAAUUUGCAACUGUACCUACUGACUUCAACAGCUUUCCUGAGAACAAUCCCAUCCAGGUCACUGUGCAGCGCAAACAACCCCAGAGGAAAACCGUGUCCAUGGCAAUGGAGGAGAUGCGGAGGCUGGAGGAUCUGGAAUACCUAUAUCCAUAUUAGGCGUGGGUCGAGGUUAUACCUUGCCCACUGUCAGCCUUGGCCCUGGGUCCUCAGGAACCAUAACUGUGAGAUGUACUGUACCACUAAGCACCAAGCCAAAGAACCCGCUAGUUACCCUGUCAGCUAAGGACCUGGGGCAGACGCACUAGAACCUCACCCUUGGGUCUGGGUCAAGGAUAGACAUGAGCCCCAUUCACCUAGAGACACCUUAGGCUGGGCCAGGCUCAGCCACUACCCAACAGCUGGUAGGCACCCUCCUUCCUCCCUGACCUGGGCUGGUUCCAGGUCCCUCAUUAAAGAACUGAAGGCCCAUCUAA